ACGGGACCAGCGCCUCCGACUCGUCCGGCAGCUCGCUCAGCUCCGGGCCGCUCAUGGCGCACUCACACCCGGACACAUGCCACGCCGAGGACCCGCCGGAGCCUGCAGGAGGAGAGGAGUGGAGCUGAAGGUCUGUGUGAGCCAAGGGCCACGACUGCUCCAGGCCCCCGGGCCUUCAGGUCCCCAGACAACCGGACACCCAGACCCCCGGACACCCAGACCUCCAGACACCCAGACCUCCAGACACCCAGACCUCCAGACACCCAGACCUCCAGACACCCAGACCUCCAGACCUCCAGACACCCAGACACCCAGACCCCCAGAUCUCCAGCACAGGACCUCUCAUCUAACUCCAAGUCACCAACAGACACUAACACACUAACACACACUAGCACACACUAACACAAACACCCACAGACUCACGCUCACACAAAUUCACACAAACACACACUAACACAGGCACACACACACACACAAAGAUUCACACUCAAACACACUCACAAAAGCACGUUAACAAACACACACCUUUAAAAACACACAAACACUCAAAAACACACACAAACAAAAACAAAUAUAUAUAAACUGCCUCUGCCUGCUGCUGAUAUGUUUCCACCUGCAGCUCCGACGUUCCCGCCCGCAGCUCCAGUGCC